UGACGCUAAUGACCUCACUGAUAACACUGCUAUACCUGUGGCAAUCCACUGGGACGUGGAGUCCACCGGACAGACUCGCAUUGACAUACACCACUACAACCGAAGAUGAGUGACAUUGCGACGAUCAGACGACAGCUCAAAAUCAAGACGGGUGCAGCGAAGAGGUUGCUGAAGGAGCAUGGGCUGUACAAGAAGGAGGCCGAUGAGGGGAAGAUGAAGGUGGACAAGCUGAUCGCGGACGGUGCGGAGGGCUGGGAGGUGCGCAAUUCGCAAAACUUGCUGAGGGAGUCGGAGAAGAUGGUCGCGGACACGUCGGAGCGGCUGGGAACGACGGUCCUCGAGCUCAGGGAUCUCGUGGUCGCUGCGAAGAAGGAGCCGGAGCUGCAGCAAGACCCAGCGCUGUUAGAGGGCGAAGAUGUCCUCGAGCAGGCGAACCUGUAACGCGAUCUCUCUGACCAGGAUUCAUUCACAUCAGGUAUAUUAGCUGAAUAUAGUACAUACAAGGGGAAGGAGAGAAGAUACGAUACGUACUGUGCUCUAUAUACCUCGUAUACCCCUACACCUGCAUCUCGU